AUGGGUUGCAUCCAGAGCAUAGCCUGUAAGUCACGAAUCAAACGGGAGAACAUCAUCGUGUACGACCUGUCCGCGACCAUCGACCACUGUCCGACCAUCAUCGAGGAGAACUCGCCGAUAGUGCUUCGAUACAAGACGCCUUACUUCAAAGCCUCCGCGAGGAUCGUCAUGCCUCCCAUUCCCCGCAACGAGACUUGGGUGGUGGGCUGGAUACAGGCAUGCACCCAGAUGGAAUUCUACAAUACCUAUGGAGACGUUGGCAUGUCGAGCUGGGAGCUGCCGGAGCUGCGGGAGGGCCGUGUGCGGGCCAUCAGCGACUCGGACGGCGUGAGCUACCCCUGGUACGGCAACACCACGGAGACGGUGACGCUGGUGGGCCCCACCUCCAAGCCCUCCCGCUUCGUGGUCAGCAUGAACGACAACUUCUACCCCAGCGUGACCUGGGCGGUGCCGGUCAGCGAGUCCAACACGCCGCUGCUCACGGGCAUCACGCGCGACCAGAGCUUCACCACCUGGCUGGUGGCGCUCAACACCACGUCCCGCGAGAAGAUCCUGCUGCGCACCGUCAAGUGGCGCAUGCGCGUGGACGUGCUGGUGGACCCCGCCCUGCCGCUGGGCUGCCGGGCGCGGCUGGCGGGCCGGCUGCACCAGGACCAGCCCCGCCUGCUCACCCGCAUGGAGCCCGUCCCCCCCAACGCCAUGGGCCGGCCCAACGCCAACGACGCCCAGGUGCUGAUGUGGCGGCCACGCCGGGGGCCCCCCCUCGUGGUCAUCCCUCCCAAGUAG